UUAAAGAGGCCGCGCUGCUGCUGCUGCUGGCCCCACCGCGAUGUUGGAGGGACUGAUGGUGGCUUCGUUGUGGAGCUGAGCGGGCAGCGGGCCCUGGGCCCUGCAGGGCCAUAGUCGGGCCUCAGAGUCAUCCCCGGAGCCAGCCAUAGACAUGGGCCAGUGUGAGUCUGAGCUGCCCCCGCCUCUCUCCCAGGAUGCCUCCUUGUCAAACAUGCUGCCCAAUAUGAAGAUGCUGGUGGAGGACCCACUGCACACCACUUUGGUGCUCGGAAUAAUAAUUGGCGUGGGGGCCGCCGUGCUGCUCAUGGCCACCGCUAUCCUCGUGCUGGUCCGGAGGCUGCGUGCGAAGAAUGCGGAGGUUCAGGCCGAGGCUCCUCCCAAGUAUCGAUUCCGCAAGAGGGACAAGGUUCUUUUCUAUGGACGCAAGAUCAUGCGCAAGGUGUCCCAGUCUACCUCCUCCCUGGUGGACACCACGAUUUCUACUGCUUCCCGGCCCCGAAUGAAGAAGAAACUCAAGAUGUUGAACAUUGCCAGGAAGAUCCUUCGAAUCCAGAAAGAGACACCCAUCUUGCAGCGCAAAGAGCCUCCCCCAGCUGUUCUGGAGGCCGACCUCACCGAGUUCGACGUGGCCAAUUCCCAUCUGCCCUCGGAGGUUCUGUACAUGCUGAAGAACGUUCGGGUGCUGGGGCACUUCGAGAAGCCGCUCUUUCUGGAGCUCUGCCGCCACAUGGUGUUCCAGCGGCUGAACCAGGGCGAAUACGUGUUCCGGCCGGGCCAGCCCGAUGCCAGCAUCUAUGUGGUCCAGGAUGGGAAGCUGGAGCUCUGCCUCCCAGGCCCUGACGGGAAGGAGUGCGUGGUGAAGGAGGUCUUUCCUGGGGACAGUGUUAACAGCCUCCUCAGCAUCCUCGACGUCAUCACGGGCCACCAGCGCUCCUACAGGACGGUCUCUGCUCGGGCUGCCAAGGACUCCACAGUGUUACGGCUGCCGGUGGAAGCAUUCUCCACCGUCUUUGAAAAAUACCCCGAGAGCCUCGUGCGAGUUGUGCAGAUCAUCAUGGUUCGGCUGCAGCGAGUGACGUUCUUGGCCCUUCACAACUACCUGGGCCUGACCAACGAGCUCUUCAUUAAUGAGAUGCAGCCUUUGCGCCUGUUCCCGAGCCCCGGCCUCCCAACCCGAACCAGCCCUGUUAGGGGUCCCAAACGUGUCAGCACUGCUAUGUGUACCGCGGAAGAACCACGGGAUUCUCCUGAGCGGCCCCCGGCCCCUCCUGGGGCCCCCCUUCCUGGUCCCCCAGGGGAUCCUGUGAAGUCUUCCACCUCCUCGGAGUCCUCUCUUGCCCCUCCGCUGAGUCGCUGCAUCUCCAUGCCUGUGGACAUCUCUGGGCUGCAGCGGGGUCCGUGUUCUGACUUUGACAUGGCUUAUGAACGGAGCCGAAUUUCUGUGUCCCUCCAAGAGGAGAGUUCCGGGGUCUUGCUACCCAACAUGUCCCGGUCAAUGUCUCAGGAGCCUCGGGAACAGCCGGCAGGGGCCUGUGAGUACAACCUCAGUGAGGACGAGUCAACUGGGGGCAGCUGCCCCUUCGGGCCCUACCAAGGCCGUCAUAACAGUAGCAUCGUUGAAGCUGCCACGCAUGAACUGGUGAAGCUCAUGAACAUUGAGGACCCCUCGCUGCUAAACAGCCGAGUGAUGCUGCAUCAUGCCAGGGCUGGCACAGUCAUCGCCCGCCAGGGUGACCAGGAUGCGAGCCUGCAUUUUGUGCUCUGGGGCGGCUUGCACGUGUACCAGCGCAUGAUUGACAAGGAGGAGGAAGUGUGUCUGUUUGUAGCCCAGCCUGGAGAGCUGGUGGGUCAGCUGGCCGUGUUGACAGGGGAGCCACUCAUCUUCACGCUGAGGGCCCAGAGGGACUGCACAUACCUGAGUAUCUCCAAGUCAGCCUUCUAUGAGAUCAUGCGGGAGCAGCCAAACGUGGUCCUGAGUGCCGCCCACACCGUGGUCGCCCGCAUGUCCCCAUUUGUACGCCAGAUGGACUUUGCAAUUGACUGGACAUCUGUGGAGGCCGGACGCGCCCUCUAUAGACAGGGUGACCGCUCAGACUGUACCUACAUUGUACUCAAUGGGCGCCUACGCUCUGUCAUCCAGAGGGUCAAUGGCAAGAAGGAAUUGGUCGGGGAAUAUGGCCGUGGGGAUCUUAUCGGGGUGGUGGAGGCACUGACCCGGCAGCCCCGGGCCACAACAGUGCAUGCAGUGCGAGACACAGAACUUGCCAAGUUGCCAGAAGGGACUCUAAGUCACAUUAAGAGGAGGUACCCACAGGUUGUAACCCGACUCAUCCACCUGAUGAGCCAGAAGAUUCUUGGGAAUCUCCAGCAGCUUCAGGCACCCUUUCCAUGUCCAGGGCUUGGUGUGCCACCUCCUUCGGAACUUACCAACCCAGCCAAUAACCUGGCCACAGUGGCCGUCCUACCCGUCUGUGCAGAGGUGCCCAUGGUCGCCUUCACCCUGGAACUACAACAUGCUCUGAGAGCCAUUGGCCCAUCUCUGCUCCUCAACAGCGACACCAUCCGGGCACGGCUUGGGGCUUCAGCCCUGGACAGCAUCCAGGAGUUCCGGCUGUCUGGCUGGCUGGCCCAGCAAGAAGACACGCACCGCAUCGUGCUCUACCAAACAGACAGCACUCUCACCCCCUGGACCAUACGCUGCCUGCGUCAGGCCGACUGCAUUCUCAUCGUGGGCCUGGGGGACCAGGAGCCCACCCUCGGCCAGCUGGAGCAGAGGCUGGAGAGCACAGCCGUGCGGGCGCUGAAGCAGCUGGUCCUGCUGCACCGGGAGGAGGGCCCGGGGCCCACCCGCACCGUCGAGUGGCUCAACAUGCGCAGCUGGUGCUCGGGCCACCUGCACCUGCGCUGCCCGCGCCGCCUCUUCUCCCGCCGCAGCCCUGCCAAGCUGGAAGAGCUGUAUGAGAAGGUCUUCUCCCGAGAUGCCGACCGCCACAGCGACUUCUCGCGCCUGGCGCGGGUGCUGACGGGGAACACCAUCGCCCUGGUCCUGGGAGGGGGCGGGGCCAGGGGCUGCUCCCAUAUCGGGAUGCUGAAGGCUCUAGAGGAGGCCGGUGUGCCUGUGGACAUGGUGGGCGGCACAUCCAUCGGCUCCUUCAUUGGGGCCCUGUACGCAGAGGAGCGCAGCGCGAGUCGUACUAAGCAGCGUGCCCGAGAAUGGGCCAAGAAGAUGACAUCAGUGUUUGAGCCGAUGCUGGACCUCACGUACCCCAUUACCUCCAUGUUCUCAGGCUCUGCCUUCAACCGAAGUAUCUACCGUGUUUUCCAGGACAGGCAAAUUGAGGAUCUGUGGCUGCCUUACUUCAACGUGACCACAGAUAUCACAGCCUCAGCCAUGCGUGUGCACAAGGACGGGUCUCUGUGGCGGUACGUCCGGUCGAGCAUGACGCUCUCGGGCUACCUGCCCCCUCUGUGUGACCCGAAGGAUGGCCACCUGCUCAUGGAUGGCGGCUACAUCAACAACCUGCCAGCUGAUAUUGCCCGGAACAUGGGGGCCAAGACCGUGAUAGCCAUCGACGUAGGCAGUCAGGACGAGACUGACCUGAGCAACUACGGGGACAGUCUGUCGGGCUGGUGGCUCCUCUGGAAGCGUCUCAACCCCUGGGCAGAGAAGGUCAAGGUGCCGGACAUGGCCGAGAUCCAGUCCCGCCUGGCCUACGUGUCUUGUGUGAGGCAGCUCCAGGUUGUGAAGUCCAGUUCGUACUGUGAGUAUCUGCGGCCGCCCAUCGACUGCUUCAAGACCAUGGACUUCGGCAAGUUUGACCAGAUCUAUGAUGUGGGUUAUCAGCAUGGGAAGCUGGUGUUUGCGGGCUGGAGCUGCGGGAACAUCAUCGAGAAGAUGCUGAGGGACACGCGUUCUACUGACCUUAAUGAGAGUCAGCGCAACCCUGAAAAGUGUACCUGUGCCAGUGCUGGCUUUACCGACUUAGCCGAGAUCAUCUCCAGGAUCGAGCCAUCCAAAAGCUAUGUGUCUGACAGCUACGCGGAUGGAGAGGAGUCGGAUUACCUGACCGAGUAUGAAGACGAUGGCGGGCCCGAUGGAGCCCGAGACGAAGGGGGCUCCCCUGGAGGAGAGACCCCCAACAAUACCUUUGAGACUGAUGAGGAGAAGAGCCUGAGGCACCGGAAAAACCGCCCCCAGGACCUUGCUGGUUCCACUGCAGAGGCCUGAGCCCUGUCAGGGUGACCUAGAGUGGGGCUGGGGGCCCCCAAGCACCGGCUGUGCCUCAGCACCUGCAUUGGACCGAACGCUGGACCGAGCUGCCCGGGGGGAGGGGAGGGCUGCACUGAACCGGCCCCUAUCCUCCCUGCCCCCCAAUAAAUGCUCAUAGCUUC